AUGGAAUCCGAAUGCGGUGAAGAGACUGCUGCACGAUGCGCAGUUGACGGACUACUAGACGCACAUUGGAGUGUUCCACGAUACCGAAGGACAGGUUGGCCCACAUGCCGGACAAACCCGGUGGGCUGGGUAUGGAAGGCAGACCUUGUCAAUGUUGCAGUUCAGCAAUAUAAUUAA